AUUAUCUAUGUGCUCUGCUUCACUGAACUGUUUGAUGGAAACAGCGGAUGAUUCUUGGUUUAAUGUCCUGUCAGGCUGUUGGUUCCUCAAUAAACCAGAAGGUGUUUGAAUCAGCUUUUUAUUUAUUUAUUUUUAUUUAUUUAUUUUUGAGGCAGACAGUUUUACAUUAACAGCAAAUCUAAAAUUGAUGUUAACAAUGAGAGACAGAAUGUGAAGUAGAAGAUUCUAAGAAAUCAUAUCAAUUUUAGAUCAUAUAAAGAAUGAUUUGUACGUAUUUAUUUUUGUACAUUGAUUGGAUCAGAAAAUAUAAUAAAUAAUAAUAAUAAUACCUUACAUUUAUUUAGUGGUUUUUAUAUUUUCAAAUGAGUUUUUUCUAUCUUAAUAAAUAAAAUUAUUAUCUUGUUAAAUAAAAAAAAAUAAAAAAUUCGCUCAAACACGACACGAAUCUUUUAGAAACCCUUUUAUAUUAGGCGUCUGCAGUCAUUCUGCUGAUUUAAAAGCUUUGGAGCUACGUCACUUCCGGGAUGCGGGGAAGACCAGAUGACAGCUGGUUUGUUUUCAUCAACAAGGACGCUCCACGGUGGACUCUCCAGGGUCACACUGGGAAUUCCCUCCCAUGCAUGAGGUCAAACGUCCAGCCAAAAACUAGCUGCAAUUCCUUGGGACCUGCUGUGGACGGAUGCUGGACGCCUCAGCAGCAGAGGUCAGCAGCAGUUCUCUCAUCCUGGUUCUGAAAACCCAGCAGAACUUGCUCCUGAAUUCGGUGAUCCAAAACAAAUGGUGUUUCUGAGGGACCUUCAGCACAGGAACACAGGAAGGAGCUGAGCUGUCCCAUCAUCAGAGCUCAUUUCAGUGAAAGCCUGUCAGAACUGGCAGUCAUUCUCCUCCAGAGCUGAAGGAGGCGCUAGUCGGUAAGAAAGCCAUGGAGCCACCAGGGAACAUUGGGGGCUGUUCUUUCGUCGAGGCGCUGAACGAGAAGUACAGCCCGGAGAACUUUCCGUGCCGCAGGGGGCCUGGGAUGGGGGUGGUGGUGGUGCCCACUGCUGGUGUUCAGGGCUCCCCCAUGAAAGAUCGCCUGAACCUGCCCAGCAUCCUUGUGUUGAACAGCUGUGGCAUCAGCAGAGCAGGAGAUCAGGUGGAGAUCGCUGCCUUCUGCUCCCACGUCAUGGAGCUGGACCUGUCCCACAACAAGCUGCGGGACUGGAAUGAGAUUAGUAAAAUUGUUGUAAAUAUUCCCAACGUGGAGUUUAUCAACCUCAGCUCCAACCCGCUGGCCGAGUCACCUCUGGAGCCUCACGUGGCUCGAGCCUUUUCGCGCGUUCGCCGCCUGGUCCUUAACAACACCCAGAUCUCCUGGGAUGCUGUGCUGAUGCUGACUCAGCAGAUCCCCGAGCUGGAGGAGUUGUUCCUGUGCCUUAACGAGUACAGCAGCGUGAGGACCUCCAGCACCAUCUGCCCCACGCUGCGCCUCCUCCACAUCACAGACAACAGCCUCCACGACUGGGCCGAAGUCCGCAAGUUUGGCUCCAUGUUCCCCAGCCUGGACACGCUGGUCAUGGCCAACAAUAACUUGGCCUCCAUUCAGGACAGCGAGGACAUCCUUCAGCGGCUCUUCCCCAACCUCCGCAGAAUUAAUCUUCACAACUCAGGUUUAAACCGAUGGGAAGAUGUUGAGAAGCUCAACUUCUUCCCUAAGUUGGAGGAAGUGCGACUGCAGGGGAUUCCUUUACUGCAGACGUACACCAACGCAGAGCGCCGCAGCCUCAUGGUGGCACGACUUCCUUCCGUGUCGGUGCUGAAUGGCAGCGUUGUGACUGACAGUGAGCGGGAAGAUGCAGAGAGGUUCUUCAUCCGUUACUACUUGGACUGCCCUGAGAGAGAGCUGCCCUACAGAUACCAUUCCCUUGUUACCAAGUAUGGGAAGCUGGAGCCUCUGGCUGAGAUCGACCUGAAGCCUCGCUGCAGGGCCCAGGUGGAGGUGCAUUGUGAGGAGAAAGUAGAACAUUAUCCGCCUGGACCAGACUGUAGCAGAGCUACGGAAGCAGCUGACCACAGUGGUCCAGCUGUCCACCAACAGCAUGAGACUUUACUACAUCAACAAGGGCAGCGCCUUCGGUCCGGAGGAAAUGAAGUACAACGCUCGAGUGCUGCACUCCUACAGCAUCCAGGAUGGAGAUGAGAUCUUGGUUGUGCCUAAAACCAAGUGAGGAGUCGCUCUGAGGCGAACAGGAAGGAGCUGCUCAGCCCUGUUUGUUCAUUUCUGAGCUAUUUUUAAGUGAUGACUGGAGCAGCAACGCUGGCCCAAGGAGACAAAAAAGGAAAAACGUUUCAAAAAAAAAAAAAGAAAGAAACCGGACGUAUUACACAGACGAGCACUGGAAUGAGCUGACGGCAGCAGAGCAAGCUUACGCUAGCUCUCCGCCUCACGCUUCACAACACGCUCACAGCAGGAGCCACGAGUUGACAGGGAGACAUGUCGCUCUCACCUGCACUGUCAGCUGAGGGGCGGAGCUUUGGAGGAAAACAGCCCAAAGCACUGUCAAUCGGUGCAACACUUUGAAGGCAUUCUACGCUGUUGUAGCUAACCACCAAAGUUAGAAAAUGCUGGGUCACAUUUAAGAAAAAAAUGAAAUUCCUUCAAUAAUGGGUGAUUUUAGACUAGCAGUGCACAGUGAGCGAAGCUCUAAGACCCUAUGAAGUAAAAUGUGUAUUAAUUCAAAAGAUUUUAUGCUAUGAAGAAUUCAAAUUUAUACCUUUUUUGCAUUCAUAACUUUAUCAUGUACUUUAUCAGUAUGCAGAUAAAUGAUCAAGUAUUCUCCUGCCACAUCUAUACUGUGUAAUCUUCAGAAUGCAGCAUAGCUGGAUAUAACAUGCCAUAAAUCAGGCAUUUAGGCUUAGUGUAGAAGAUACAUGGAAAAACUACAUACACUCACCGGUCACUUUAUUAGGUACACCUGUCCAACUACAGAGCAUCUCUGAAAGCACAACACGUCCGAAACUUGAGGCAGAUGAGCUACAGCAGGUGUCACUCCUGUCAGCUAAGAACAGGAAACUGAGGCUACAAUUCACAUUGGAUCACCAGUAUUGGACAAUAGAAGACUGGACAAAUGUUGAGUCGCCAUUGAUGAUAGGGUCAGAAUUUGGCAUCAACAUGAAAGCAUAGAUCCAUCCUACCUUGUCUCAAUGGUUCAGGCUGGUGGUGGUAGUAUAAUGUGUGGAGACACACUUUGGGCCUCUUAGUACCAACUGAGGAUGGUUACAACACCCCAGUCUACCUGAGUAUUGUUGCUGACCAUCCCUUUAUGACCACAGUGUACCAUCUUCUGAUGGCUGCUUCCAACAGGAUAAGGCGCCAUGUCAUACAGCUGGAAUCAUCUCAGACUCUUGAACAUGACAAUGACUGGACUCUAUGGCUUCCACGGUCACCAGAUCUCAACUCAAUAGAUCACCUUUGGGAUGUAGUGGAACUGGAGAUUGGCAUCAUGGAUGUGCAGCCCAUAAAUCUCUAGCAUCUGAUGCUAUCUUAUCAAUAUGGACCAAACUUUCUGAGGAAUGUUUCCAGUACCUUGUUGAAUCUAUGCCAUGUAGGAUUAAGGCAGUUCUGAAGGAAAAAGGGGUCCAACCUGGUACUACCAAAGUGUGUCUAAUAAAAUGGUGGGUGAGUGUAUAAAAAUAAUAAACAAGUUACAGGGAAAUGUUAGAGGGAACAGUAUAGGGAAAAUGUGAUACUUUAUAUCGUAAGGGUUCAGGGAUCACCAUGGAAAUAACUGCACACCGACAGACGUCAAUUUCAAAAUAAAAUCCUGCACAUCAGCCACUGAAAAUCUGACAUUUCUUUAGAGUCAAAAGAAAAACAAACUCAUGGAACAGGCCUGGAUUUAGGUGAUGGGACCCCAAAUAUCUUGCUGGGUACUAUUUCAGCAAGUACUUUGGUCUAUUUGGUCUUUGGUCUAUUCCUUAGGUCUCUCCAAUUUGGAGGGUUCCUUGUUUGAACUCCAUGUUUUAGCUCCUUCCAUUGAUCUUUUUUUAUCCCUUCAUCCAUGUUUUGCUCUCAGCUAAAUGUUGGUGUUUUUUGAUGUUCUGCUGGAAGAUUUCUUACCUGUGAACUUUCUGACAUGAAUCGGAGCAUUUCAGUCCAGAACACUGCAAUUGUUUUGAAACAAUCUGCACAGAUUAAAGACAGAUUAACAGAUCUGCACAGAUUAAACAACUUUUAACGUGAUACACAUUGCUGAUCAAACUGUCAUAGACACUUAUUAUUGUACCUUGUUCUUGUCUAGUCUACGUUCAAAGCUGGUCAUCAAAACAUAAAGUUUAAAUAAGUGAACUAUCCCAACAAGGAUUGCGAAGUGCAGCACUUCCCUUAUUCCUAAUCUUAUUGCUCUGCCCCUCCCUCGUAAUUCCUAGACAAUGACUGAAUAGGUCUUUAGUCGUGGUUUUGUUUACAAACUUUGGUUUGAAACAGAAACGUCUGGUUGACAGCAGCCUUUAAUAGAGACCAAAUGCAAGGAACAGGGCUUGAUCUGGACCAAGUUAAGCAGACUUGGUCCAGACCAACUGGCUGUUCCAGUCUGAAUUCAUCCUCUGACACUUGAACUGUAGUCUCUUUGAAGUUUCUUCUGGGCUCCUUGGUUACCAUUCACGUUCUCUCUUUUAUUUUUUUCUACUUUUUUUUUUUUCAGCCUCAUCAAGGGAAGUUGUCCUCGGUCCUGUGGACCAUGCCUUCUGCAUAAUCUGUACAGCUGGACUCACAGGAACUGAUUGGAGAUGCCAGACUUACUAAUCACAGGUUCAAAGACCCCUGUGAAGGAGACUCACUCCUGAGCCCAACAUGUCUUAAAGCUCAAAUAGUUCUCUUCCAGAGGUGUUGUCAUUUUUGUCCAGACCUAUUUCUUUAGUUUCCUGUUAAAUUAAUCCUGUUUGAUUUUCAUUAGUUGAUUUCAAUCUUUUUUUUAUUUUUUAUUUUUUUAUGAAGGACUCCUAACUGUUUUAUCGCUGCAGGAGGCAGAUGCUGUGUGCUGCCCCCUACAGGUUUCUCUGAGGAAAUGCCUAACCUGCAGGAACCCGAAAGACCAUCUAUUCUGGAUGUUUCGCAAUUCUAUUCAGAACACAUUGUUUCUGUCAGAGACAUUUUUUUAAAUAAUCAGUGAUUUUCAACUUAUAUACUUCAGAUAUUUUAAACGAGUCAUGUACUUUAGAUUAUAGCUUUCUCCCCACACAAAUGUCUCACCUUACAGAAUUGCACACUUGAAUAAUUGUCUUAAAUUCUUUUUUUCUCUCUCUUUUUAAAAAGAAUUGUUUUAAAUUCAACUAACUUUUAUCUAAAUGUCAAAGUUAUUUAUAUUGAUGUUGAUUUACCAGUACUGUUUUGUAUUCCCUGAAGUUUAGUCCAUCACAGUUUUUCCAGUUUGAGUUAUUAUUAGUUUGAAUGUGUUUCGGCUGACCAUAAACUAAUAUGGGAAAGACAGAACGGAUUUCUCAAAAAAUAUCAUACUGUUCACUGGACAGUCUCAGAAUACAUUGAGGCAGAAGAGUUUCAGCUGCACCACAUUGCACUGCUCACCUGUACUACAAUCAAUGAACCAUAAAUUGAGAAUAAACUCCACAGUUAACAAAA